AUGGCUACACAGACAGAGAGCGUUCAUCCGAUCGUUAAACCUGCACCACAUGACUGGACUCAUAGCCUGAAAUCGAAAUGGCCCAUCACUCUGGACUUGUAUGGAUCGAAUCUGCCAUGUCGCCUCGAAGGCGAAAUAGAAGAUCUCGUCGUUCUCGGACAAAUACCAAAAGAAAUCGACGGCUCGUUCUAUCGAAUCAUGGUCGAUCCUUUUAUGCCCCCAUGUGAAGGCAACGUGCCUCUCGAUGGAGAUGGAAAUAUCUCUGUUUUUCAAUUCCAUGAGGGAAGAGUGCACAUGCGUACGAGAUAUGUCGAGACUGAGAGGUACUUGCUGGAGAGGAAGGCGAACAAGAGUCUAUUUGGGUUGUAUCGAAAUCCAUUCACUCAUCAUCCUUGUGUUCGAGCUGCCGUUGACUCUACAGCCAACACCAACCUCGUUCUCUGGGCCGGCCAUCUGCUAGCCCUCAAGGAAGGUGCCUUGCCAUAUGCAUGCGAUCCACACACCCUCGAGACUCGCAUGUACGACCCAUUUGGCGGUCAAGUCAACUCCAAGACCUUCACAGCACACCCCAAAUACGAUCCGUUCAAAGACGAGCUCGUCGUGUUUGGCUACGAAGCAAAAGGUCUCGCCACAACGGACGUCGUCAGCUACACCAUCAAUCGUGCCGGAAAGAUCGAGAACGAGCUGUGGUUUCACCAGCCGUACGAAACGCCAGGCGCCAUUCACGAUGCUGCUAUCACACCCAACUGGCUUAUCCUUUUUAUUUGGCCCUUUGAGGCCAGCGUGGAGCGAAUGAAGCGGCGCGGCCAUCACUGGGCGUGGGCGGAUGAUCGAAACUUCACUGUGAUUGUUGUUCCGCGGAAGGCCGAUCAUCCAGUUGCGCCUGGAUGGAAACCGAAUGAAGUCCGUUCUUAUCACUUCAAGAUCUGCAUGCCCAUUCACACUGGUGCUGCGUGGGAGGAGCCAGAUGGGAGGAUCAUGGUUGAGAGUAGUCGCGUGCACGAUAAUGCCUUUCCAUUCUUCCCGCCAGACACUGACAACCCACGAAUGCCCUCACCCGAAACAAAAGCCGACUACGUUCGCUGGGAAAUCGAUCCGACCAAACCAGAUGGCAGCCAUCUCGCCGAGCCACACAUCGUACUCGACAUCCCCUCCGAAUUUCCUCGCAUCGACGAACGCUUCCUCACCCAAAAGACCGCCAUCACCUUCCUAAACGUCUUCAUCCCAGACGGCUCCGACGGCUCCAAGAACAUCUACCACGGCCUAAACGGCCUCGCAAUGCACAGCAACAAAACCGGGGAAACGAGCUUCUUCUACGCCGGAGAUGAAUCACAGAUCCAAGAACCAAUUUUCAUUCCACGAACCGAUGACGCGGAGGAGGGCGAUGGGUGGGUUAUGACGCUUGUGGAAAGGAGGGGUGGGGUGUCGAGGUGUGAUGUUGUUGUUAUUGAUACGAGGGCCUUUGAGAGGCCCGUGGCGAUUGUACAGUUGCCUUUUAGUAUGAAGGCUCAGGUGCAUGGGAAUUGGCUUAGUGCGAAGGCUCUUGGGGGGUAUCGUCCUAUUACUAGACAAGUGCCUGAGGUUAAGGUAUCUGGUCGAGGGGCUUUGGAGCCGUUGUGA